AUGGGCGAGGACGGCAUAAAACUGCUUCAGCAGAGGCUGGUCGAACGAACCCGCGAACAUAAAGCAACUCGCGAAGCAGCCCUAGAGAACAAAUUUCGUAAGCUGCCUGCUCCAAUGUCAUCCAAGAACGACAAACUGGUGCACAACCUGUCGUCAAAGGAGCUGACGGAGGAACAAAUGCAGGUUUUACGGCAUGAGGCCUCAUUCAACACAGCCGAUGCCAAACCUGCCAACAUGAUCUCAGCAGUGGAACCAAUCCUCAGCCAGACGGAAGCGACAGACGAAACGGAGAACCUCAUUCGACAUCAAGUUUCCUCCCUCCUCAUGGCUCAUAGGCCGCGUGACGUGCUUUCCAAGGUCGAACGUGAUGCACUUAAGGAACUCAGGGCCGACAACGACCUCGUUAUCGUGCCUGCGGACAAGGGGGCGUUCAGCGGUCGUAAUGGACAGGACAGACUACAAUCAAAAAGCCAAAAGCUUGUUGGAGGAUCGUCAGUCCUAUGUCCCAUGCGAAUCCAACCCCAUGAAAACGCUGACACGCGAGAUUAA